AUGCAGGUUCGUCACGGCGUAUUGGCCGUCAAUGAAGCGACUACAGAUAAGCCUCAGUUCCAUGCAGACGGUGUCGAAACCUCUAAGAAAGAGUUUCAGGAGGGUGGUUAUGGAUGGGUCAUCGUCAUGUGCGUAGCGUUCAUCAACAUGCACACCUGGGGCCUGAAUGCGGUAGGGAUGCAUAGCCCAGCAGAAGACUAUGCCAACCUGACUCACGGUGGAAUCACAGUCCUUCGCCGUCUUUUCUUGCGUAUUAUUUAA